GUUGGAGCCAUCAAGAUGGUUGUCUUAGCUGUGGCCGUCUUUGUAACACUGUCAUCGUGUGCACUUGGCUGCUCGAGGAGCACAAAUUCUACUGAGCUGCAGCGUUGGAGCGCGGAACACCAAGUGGCUGAGCGACUGGCUGCUGCGUUCAAGGAGACGGCGAGUCUGCGCAGUCAACAAACAGCACGAGAGGCUCUGACUCAGGUGCACGUAAGAGGCCAUCAGACAGCAGCUCGGAGGGAAGUCGCAGGAACAAACGUCCUCACUUAUGGUCCAAGUGAUGACGAGGAAGACGUGCUGCAUUUCCCGGGGAAAGACUCGGGGAGACGACGUGACCCCUGCUUCCACUACACGGUCCUGGACCAGGCCUGGCGAGCCACCAACACGACCACCAAGAACAAGAAGUGUGACCGCCACGUCAAGUGGAUAGGCUGGUACCGCCUCUUCUACAAAGGUGAGAGCAUUCAGAUGCCCGAGAGGUGCGUCCCCUCCAACAAGUGCGGCACGCACGCCCCGCUGUGGCUGGCGGGGCCUCAUCCGAAGAGGAGGGAUGGCAUCGUGACCCGCAAGGUCUGUGGCCACUGGAAGAAGAAGUGCUGCGCUUUCAGGUCCACGCCCAUCAGGGUCAAGAAGUGCCUCGGAAACUACUACGUCUACGAGUUCACCCAGCCGUCAGCCUGUUACCUGGCGUACUGUGCAGAUAUCAACACACUGGUCUGCGGACGGUGCACCAGGUCGCAGUCCUGUGUGAGCCGAGACAGGAUCAACUGGAGGUGUAAGAGAAACAAAAUGGCGUCCAUAAAGAUCCACUUCUUCGCUUCUUAUCCUGGCCAGCUCAAAGGAAAAGUGAACAGAAUCAAGUACAGCAAUGUGCUGGUGAACGUGGGCCGAGCCUUCGACCGGAGAACCGGAGCGUUCAGGGCUCCGGUUAAUGGAGUCUACCAGUUCUUCUUCUCCACUCAGACAGCCAACGCGGGUCUUAAGACUGAUCUGUGGCUCGUGGUCAACAACUACUGGGUAACCGUGUCUCACACACACGUCUCCCGUCCCUCCACGGUCGGCAGCUUGUCCACGUACAUGACCUUCCUCCGCAGAGGUUCUGUGGUUUAUGUCACCCACAACUGUGGGAGGUCCUGGGCCAACGCUGCGUCCUCCACCAUCACGUUUGGGGGCUCACUGCUUGUACAGAUGAGAUAAAAUAUGUGCUUUUUUUUUGACAACACAUAACAUUUUGUAAAGUCUGUGUCUGUAUGUCCGUCCUCUUCAGUCAAAUGGGAGCUGAUUUCUGUAACGUGUUUUCUCUUUGCCAUUACUUUCUUUUGAGUGAAAUUGGAGUUUUGUAAGUGUAAACCGCUUUGGGGUGUCAGCUAAAUGCCUGAAGUGAUGCACAAACACCUGAUUUACUGCUUACACGCAGAGAUUAAAAUAAUUUAACGAAUAAGUCAAUAAAAGGUGUGUUGUUGAUCAGAA